UCCUGGGGUCCUUUCACUCGUGUAUAACAACAUGGCGGCGUCGUUGUGGAGACACAAACACAGACUGAAACCUUUCUGUCAUUUCGCUUUUCAGUUGUCAAGCAGAAAUAUUACAAGAAGCUUUGAUUAUGACCUGGUGGUUAUUGGAGGAGGAUCUGGAGGCUUGGCGUGUUCUAAAGAAGCGGCUCAGUUGGGACAGAGUGUGGCUGUACUGGAUUAUGUUGAACCGUCAGAGAGAGGCACUACAUGGGGUAUCGGAGGCACGUGUGUGAAUGUCGGCUGUAUUCCUAAGAAGCUCAUGCACCAGGCUGCUCUGCUCGGCACGGCGCUCAAAAACGACUCGAAGAAAUACGGCUGGCAGAUCAGCGGCUCUGUGUCACAUGACUGGACGUCUAUGGCAGGAUCUGUGCAGAAUUAUGUAAAAUCCCUUAAUUGGGGCCACAGAGUUCAGCUACAGGACAAGAAAGUGAAAUAUCUCAAUAUGAAAGGAAGUUUUCUGGACCCUCACACCAUCCGAGGAGUGAACACCAGAGGACAGGAGGCGACCGUGACGGCCAGGAACAUAGUGAUAGCCACCGGCGGACGUCCAAAAUACCCCACGCAUGUCCCGGGAGCGAGACAGCACGGCAUCACCAGCGACGAUCUCUUCUGGUUGAAAGAGUCUCCGGGAAAAACGCUAGUCGUCGGAGCCAGCUAUGUGGCUUUGGAGUGUGCUGGUUUUCUGACAGGCAUCGGAUUGGACGCCACAGUGAUGGUGCGCAGCGUCGCCCUCCGUGGGUUUGAUCAGCAAAUUUCCCGUUUGGUGACGGAUCACAUGGAGGCUCACGGGACUCGUUUCUGCUGGAGCUGCGUUCCUGAGAAGGUGGAGAAACUUCCAUCAGGUCUUCUACAGGUCACCUGGACGGACACGCGGAGGCAGGAGGAGCAUCAGGACACGUUCAGCUCGGUGCUGUGGGCUGUAGGUCGAGCUCCUGAAAGCACAACGCUGAACUUGCAACACGUCGGCGUUCAGCUUAACACAGACACGGGCAAAAUCAUCGUUGGUGAAGACGAACAAACAUCUGUGCCCAAUAUAUAUGCCAUUGGAGACAUUGCACAGGGUCGUCCCGAGCUCACCCCGACUGCCAUUAAAGCAGGUAAACUCCUGGCUCGGCGUUUAGCCGGACACUCGGAGCAGCUCAUGAACUACGACAAUGUGCCUACCACAGUGUUUACUCCUCUGGAGUACGGAUGUGUCGGUUUAUCUGAAGAAGAAGCAGAGAGAAGAUACGGCAGUGACAAUAUAGAGGUCUUUCACGCCUUCUACAAACCUCUGGAGUUCACCAUAGCUGAAAAAGACGCCAGUCAGUGCUACAUUAAGGUGGUGUGUGAGCGGACAGAACCCCAGCGAGUGUUAGGGCUUCACUUUACCGGCCCCAACGCUGGAGAAGUGACCCAAGGGUUUGCUCUCAGCUUCCAGUGCGGGUUUACGUUCUCUCAGCUGUGCGAUACGGUCGGUAUCCAUCCCACAUGCGCAGAGGAGUUCACCAAACUUCACAUCACCAAACGUUCCGGUCUGGAUGCCACGGUAACCGGCUGCUGAGGUUAAACACGCCCCCCGAUACCCUGAAUACACUUCACACACGGACCCUGUGGACACCGGAAUCACCGUAUAACUCUCGUUUAGCCCGGUUUCUUCUGCAGCCUGUCACGACCUUUGACCUCUCUAGUCUCCGAGAGAGCACGGGCCCUUAAGUCGACAAACUUGCGCCGUUCAUAUAGAUGUUCCUAAAAACGCAUUUUGAGCCCCGGUACGAUUCGUGUUGCUUAUCGCUCGUCUUUUUUAAGCUCCACGAUACUGCACCGAGACUCAGGAGAAGCAGAACAGGCUCAUAAAUCAGGAUUAAAGCCCCAUUACAGCUCGAGUCGCAGGAGAACCGAACAGUCCGGCGUUUUUAAAAACAUAUUCGCAGAAUAUUGUUGUUUCUCCGGCUCUACUUCCUGUCCAUUACUCAUUCUCCACAGCUGACACUGAUGGAUGGGCUCGGUCCGUCGCCACGGCGAUACACCCCGGUUCCCAGGGAAGCGGACAAACACCGGGCGAGCAGCCUGGCAAUCAAACCCCAGGGUCGAGAGAGAGCUCGUUCAACCCUUUUUUUUUUUUCUUUUUCUUCUUUAACUACAGAGAUUUCCACUCAUCAGAGCACACAGAGAAAACACACAAGCUCCUUCUCUCUGCCUAACAAAUACCCCUGUAUGCCUGAAGGGGCCAGUAUUCACCUCCUUUUCUUGCUGUUUUUACCCCUGAUGAGCUACAAGGAUUCCAGAUUGCUUUGGAGUGACAGUUCACAGUCUAGUCCAGGUUAAAGUAGCAGCCGAAAUAAAUCGGACCUUAGCCUUUAAUUUGCUUCUUUAACAUCUGCCCAGUUUAUAGUACAGAAAUCACAAACUUACCAAACAAUUAGAAUCUAUAACCAAAACAAACAAAAGUCCAUCGUAUAAAAUGACAUUUAGAACUAGUUCCUAAUUCUGAUUGGUGCUAUCAGGGACGUAAACACUAGGUAGGAAGGCUGCCUAACUAGGGACACUCGUGAGUACAGUAUAUCGUCACCAUUAACUAUUCACACCACCACAUUACACACAUAAAAAAAACCACAUCUGAUAUUCGUAAUCAUCUAUCGCUAGUUUCGCAUCUGUUCUUUGACUAGCUACCAAUAAAUCUAGCAUUGCGUUACCAUAGAAACGUUCACCUCGUCUGCAUUAAAGACUCCGUUUUGUUCCUCUGAUCUGAAACACACUCGUCGGGAGACUUGUACUGUUUCACCGAGCGGGUUUUCUGUGAUUUUUACCCCAACAGAGAAGGUUUGUUUUCGUCUGAUGUGCCUCAGCUCUCUGAUUAAUGAGGCUCGGAGUGUGUGUGACAGGCUGCUGUGGAGACCGAGACCGAGACGGGACGAGCAACGCUACCAGGUUUAUUUGGAAAUGAGGAGCGAGUGAAGGGUCCUGUGUUCAUGUAUUUUAGGAAACGGGGGUGCUGACUGAAGAACCCUGACCCCAGUACACUAUCAGUUAUAAUAACAGCAUAGCUCUAUCUCUCUCUCUCUCUCUCACACACACACACACACACACACACACACACACACACACACAUUGUUUUAAUUACCAUCAUAUCCCGGUUCACAACAUUACCGCGAUUGUAGUUCAUAAACUUCUAGGUUGCUUUGAAAGCUCUCAUCUCAUUGGUCGUUGUUUUUUUUUUUAUCUGUUCAUCAUAUAACGGAAAAUUAAGAUGCUAACUUUUACGCAUCACAUCGCCUUGUCCACUAUAUUGCAGUUAAACACAAUUAGCAUUCGAUAAAUCAGACCAGCUUACUGACUAACUGACUAACAGUGCUAGUUAGCUAGUCGCACAAGCUAGCUUAAUAGAGAGUAGAUCUCAGUGUAAAUAUUUUUGCCCCUCAGUUUUUCUGUGUGAAGGACGACGUAGAUGUUUGAUCUACGUCUCUAAAAGAAAAAAUGUCCAGUGUGACUCCAGGAGCAGGCAAAUAAAUUGAAAAGGAAAUUUUAAGGAUCUAAUGCCUGGUGAGAUCAUGUGACCAAUGCAAGAUAUUAGAGUAUACUGAUGUCUGGUCCUGACUUGUUAUUUAUUUAAUUACUUUUUAUUUCCUGGUGGGACUCAAACUUUUGCACUCAGAAACUCUGUGGAUAAACACGGUGAAAAAAUGGGUUAAGCAUUUCAUUCUGACACACAAACAAUCUCCAGGCUGACAGUUCACGUCCACACACACACACACACACACACACACACACACACACACACACACACUCUGAGGGGUCAGGGUUGAGCUGCUCAGGGGGUCGGUUAAUGAGGACCUGCACUAAAAGCCCUAAGAGGAGAAGGCAGGUCUGAUGUGCUCCGGCGUCCCCGCUCUGCGUGUGUGUGUAAAUAGUGCAGGUUAAUCUUAUCUAAAGCUUUGGAACUGUAUAAUUCAUGUGUAAAGUAAUAAAUGAUGAGCGUGUACAGCGUCUCUGUUUCAUUAA